AUGGCGAGCUUAAAAAGAUCUCAGGAAGGCGAUGCCCUAGCAUCCAACAUCUCGAGCAAGGUCUAUGUGCGCUCGACUCGAAGCGGCAAGGUGCAGAAAAUUGUUAGAGAAGUCUACUUGCGAACAGACAUUCCUUGCUCCUCCAAGCUCUGCAAGGCGUGUCUUCAGUAUGCCCCUAGAAAUGCCGCUCAGCAGGCUCAGCCCUUUGUCCUCUCGGACAAGCCAGCAGGCACCAAAGCAUUCCCCCAAGGACACUACUUGGUCCCUGAUACCAACGCGCUGCUCAACGCCAUGGAUCUGUUUGAGCAGAGCUCCGCCUUUUACGACGUCAUCAUCUUGCAGACUGUGCUUGAGGAGCUACGGAAUCGGUCAUUGCCGCUUUAUAAUCGGCUAAUAGGACUCACGAAGAGCGAGGAAAAGAGAUUUUAUGUCUUCUUCAACGACUUUCGACUGGAAACGUUUGUCCACCGCGAGGCAAAUGAAACCGUUAAUGACCGAAAUGAUCGGGCUGUGCGACUGGCCGUGAAAUGGUACGGCGAGCAUCUAGCGCGCACAAAGGCCAAGAAACUCCCGGCAGUGGUGAUGCUGAGCGACGACCAAGACAACCUCCGCAAAGCCAAGGCAGACGGGCUUCACGCAUCUUCUCUCAAAGACUAUGUCAGCGGACUCGAGGAUGGCGAGAGGCUGCUCGACAUGGUGGCAGAGUCGCAAAACCAAGGGUCGUUUAAGAAACAGGGGCAGAUGCUAUAUCCUGAGUACUUUACACUCUCAAGGAUGAUGACUGGGGUCAAGGCCGGCUUGAUGCAUCAGGGCAUCUUCAACGUCUCGCCAUACAACUAUCUAGAGGGCUCCAUCAAGGUUCCGGCAUUCCCCAAACCUCUGCUAGUCCUAGGCCGCGAGAACAUCAACCGUGCUGUUGACGGCGACGUGGUCGUUGUCGAGGUUCUCCCUCAAGAUCAAUGGAAGGAGCCUUCGACAAAGAUCAUUGAGGAGGAAGCCAUCACAAAGAACGAGAACGCAGACGUGGAGGAGAGCCAAGACCUUGUGUCUGAAAAGGAGCGCAAGGCUCUGCAGGAGCAGGUGAAGAAGACCCAGAAGGGCUUCUCAGAAGGCCGCCCACAACCAACUGCCAAGGUUGUUGGCGUAAUCAAGCGCAACUGGCGCCAGUAUGUUGGCCACAUCGACCCUUCCUCUGCGAGCAAAGCGUCCAGCCAGGGUCGCAAGCAGGACAGCGUCUUCCUCAUCCCCAUGGACAAGAAGAUUCCCAAGAUUCGACUUCGUACACGACAAGUUGCAGACCUACUCGGCAAGCGACUUUUGGUUACCAUCGAUGCCUGGGAGCGUGACUCUAGACACCCCAUUGGACACUUUGUACGCUCUCUGGGAGAGUUGGAGACCAAGGCGGCCGAGACUGAAGCUCUGUUGCUAGAAUGGGAUGUCCAGUACCGACCGUUCCCCAAGACUGUCCUUGACUGUCUCCCUAAGGAAGGCCAUGACUGGAGGGUGCCAGCCAGCGUGGAGGAUCCCGGCUGGAGACAAAGGGAGGAUCUCAGAGGACUUCUCAUCUGCAGUAUUGAUCCUCCCGGCUGUCAGGAUAUCGACGAUGCUCUCCACGCCAGGAAGCUUCCGAACGGCAAUUUUGAGGUUGGCGUCCACAUCGCCGAUGUCUCGCACUUCGUCAAGCCUGCCAACGCCAUGGACACUGAGGCCAGCAUCCGCGGCACCACUGUUUAUCUGGUGGACAAGCGUAUUGACAUGCUUCCGCCACUGCUUGGAACAGACCUUUGCUCUCUCAAGCCAUAUGUGGAACGAUAUGCCUUUUCGGUGCUCUGGGAGCUAAAUGACAAUGCCGAUAUCGUCAACGUUCGCUUCACAAAGUCUGUUAUCAAGUCCCGUGAGGCUUUCAGCUACGAACAGGCUCAACUCAGAAUCGAUGACGAUUCUCAGCAAGACGACCUCACCAAGGGAAUGCGGAUGCUCCUCAUGCUGUCAAAGAAGCUCAAGAAGAAGCGAAUGGACGCCGGUGCUCUGAGCCUCUCGUCGCCCGAGGUCAAGGUCCAGACCGAGUCCGAGACGUCUGAUCCCAUCGAUGUCAAGACGAAGCAGCUCCUCGACACCAACUCGCUGGUCGAAGAGUUCAUGUUGUUCGCCAACGUCAGCGUCGCAGCCAAGAUCUACGAGGCGUUCCCCCAGACUGCCAUCCUCCGUCGUCACGCCGCUCCUCCCAAGACCAACUUUGACGAGCUAGCAAACCAACUGCGCACCAAGCGCGGCUUGGAGCUUCGCACCGACUCCAGCAAGGCCCUCGCCGACUCGUUGGAUCAGUGUGUCGAUGCCAAGGAACCGUUCUUCAACACUUUGGUGCGUAUCAUGGCGACGCGCUGUAUGAUGAGUGCAGAGUAUUUCUGCUCAGGCACCCAAGCCUACCCCGAGUUCCGUCACUAUGGUCUUGCGUCCGAGAUCUACACUCACUUCACGUCUCCCAUCCGUCGAUACGCCGAUCUCCUCGCUCACCGACAGCUUGCCGCCGCCAUCGACUACGAGGCUGUUCACCCCAACGUCCGCAGCCGGGGACGCCUCGAGGCCGUGUGCAAGAACAUCAACGUGCGACACCGCAACGCCCAGAUGGCGGGCCGCGCCAGCAUUGCCUACUACGUCGGCCAGGCCCUCAAGGGCAAGGUCGCUGAGGAGGAGGCGUUUGUCAUGAAGAUUUUCAGCAACGGCUUCGUCGUCCUCGUCCCGCGCUUCGGCAUCGAAGGUUUGAUCCGACUCAGGGAUCUCGCCGAGCCCGAACCAGAGGCCGACUUUGACCCUGAGACGUUUACGCUCACUACCAAGGGAAGCCGGGAGGUGCAGGUGGAGCUGUUCCAAAAGGUCAAGGUUAGAGUCCAUGACGAGAAGGACGAGAUGACGGGCAAGCGGGGUGUUAAGAUGGAGUUGCUCGAGGCUUAA